UUGGGAUCCAGCUGUGCGCGGUGCGCUGGCUCUGCAGGACGUGUCCUCCGAACCCAGGCGUCUGCAGCCCCGCUCUGGCCAGUGGCCGGACACACACUGCCCACUGGCCGGCUCUGCUCUCUCUCCGCCGGGUGCUAACGCCCACCCACCCUGCCCGACCCCCUCUCUGUACCUGGGACUCUUGGCGCUGGGACUGGUUCCCGGAGCUCAGAUUCAGAUUCAGAUUCAAUUUUAAUUGUCAUUGUCAGUGUACAGCGGUGCAUUCGGGACAUCCUGCAGGGCGGGCAGCUCCAGCUCUAGAAGCUGAAGAUCCGAAAGUUUCCCAAAGAGAUCCAGUGAUGCACUAGACCAAGGGUUCCCAGAGGUAAACGAGACUACCCCAGUGUCCCAGUUGGAAGAUACAGCGCGGGGGAUCCAGUAUCUGCACUGGGAGAUCCAGUGCCCAGGCCGCAAGAUCGAGAUCCAGUGACUGCCCAGUGAUCCAGUGACCGACUGGGAGAUCCAGUGUCUGCACAGGGAGAUCCAGUGAUCGACUGAGAUACCGGGAUGGCCGGAGAGGGGUCGGAGAGAUCCAGUGGAGAGGACACGAGUGCCCAGGGCCAGUGCGAGUGCCCAUAUCCCACCGGCACUGUAUAUGCCAUCAGCCAGUGGGGCGUCAGUGAAAGCGCUGUAGCAAUCCCCAACAAGAGAACCAAGGUGUCGAAGAGAACAAUUGCGCUCAUUGUUCUGUUGCUGGGAGCUGCCGUGCAGACCGGCAUUGGCGUUGGCAUCUGGUACUUCUUGUCUGGCAAAAACCAACAGGACAGCUCUAAGGUUGGGGUCCAUUAUUUGGGAAGCUUGCACAUACAGAACGAGGACUUCAUCAGCGAAUAUGGACAGAAAGGGUCUCAGGAGUUCAAAAAGAAAGCUUCUGAUAUCAAUGAUGAGAUCAAGAAAGCGAUCUCCUCUUCAGACUUUCAAUCGUAUUACAAUAAAUCGGUGGUCUUCACAUUUGGGAAGGGAAGCUUGCUGGCCUAUUUCUGGAUGGACUUCCGAACAACGGAGAAGGAAAAGCAGGAAAUCAGCACUGAGCUGGUGAGGACUUCGAUCAGCAAAUUCUUUGAGGCUCAAGGAUCGACGGAUUACCAGGUCCUCGCAAAUUCAACGGAAGUAACGAGGGUCUCAAGAAAGGACUUGAAAACCCUGGCUUUUGCAGCAGAGUGCCACCAGUAUGUCUUCGUCGACAGCUCCCACAGCAUCAGGCUGGAAGGGCCGGACUCCAACUUCAAGAGUUGCUUCUGGCAUCUGCAGGGACUGGCUGGUCAGCUACUGAGGCUUCGGUUGGAGUGGGUCAAGAGCGACUGCCGGGACCGCAUCUUAGUCUUCGACGAGGCCACCGCCGCCCGUCACAACCUCCUGACCUCCCUGUACCGGUGCAACUGGCAGGAGCCAGCGGUGGAGGUGGUCUCCUCCAGUAAUGUCAUGUCGAUCAUCUGGAAGGAAGGUCGGUACAGCAACGAUGACACGUUCACCCUGUCUGCUCAGGUUCUGCCCAAGACCGAAUGCUUUGCGAAUAUCACCCUGAGAGAGGAAUGGGGCAUACAAGGCUAUAGGAGCACCCCGUACUUCCCCAGUUACUACCCACCCAACGCUCACUGCACGUGGUUCUUCACUAUCCCAUCGCUGGACUACGGAAUCACGCUGUGGUUUGACGGGUAUGAGCUGGACACACCGCCAUUCACCAAACUGUGCCGGCAAGGCCAGUGGACGGUCCAGAACCGCAACCUCUGUGGACGGCGGGUAUUGCAGCCGUACGCUGAGAGAAUCUUCGCCGUGGCGCUCACCACCAAGGUGACCUUCAGCUCCAAGGUGACCUUGACGGGGCCUGGCAUCCAGUUCCACUACAGCCUCUUCAACCAGUCCCACCCUUGCCCCGACGGUGUCCUGUGUUUGGUGUCAGGUCUGUGUGUGCCAGAAUGCGACGGGUUGAAGGACUGCAGCAACAACGCAGACGAGAGCAACUGCGUUUGUCCCGCACAGCACCAGUGUACGGGGGAAAGCUCAUCCUGUCUGUCUCUGCACAAAGUCUGCAACCUGGUGAACGAGUGUGAGACUGGUACUGAUGAACAGCACUGCGAUGGAGCCGUUCCUUGCACCCCGUUCACUUACCAAUGUGCUGACGGUUCUUGUGUGAAGAAGGCCAACCCACAGUGUGACUACGAGAACGACUGCCUGGACAGCAGUGAUGAGCAAAACUGCGACUGUGGUCUUCAGAUCAGCAAGAGCAGGAUCGUUGGAGGGACUAACUCGACAGAGGGUGAGUGGCCCUGGCAAGUCAGCCUCCAGGCUUACAGCAGGCACAUCUGUGGUGGGAUCCUCAUCAAUGAACGGUGGGUGCUGUCUGCAGCUCACUGCUUCCCUAGCAGUAAGGCACCACCUGAACAGUGGACCAUCAAACUGGGCAAGUUCAAGUUGAACACCGUGGGGAAGAACGAGCUCAGCUUCAAGGCGCUGCGGAUCAUCGUGCACCCGUACUACGACCAGGAAACCUCAGACUACGACGUGGCCCUUCUUGAGUUGGACCAGCGCGUGCCCGUGAUGCCAACCUCCUUCCCCAUCUGCCUACCUGCCACGUCGCACGUUUUCGAAGCAGGCCUGUUGUGCUGGGUCACAGGCUGGGGGACGACAGAGGAGGAAGGGUCAUUGUCAGAUGUUCUUCAGAAGGUGGACGUGAGACUGGUUGACCAAUCCACAUGCGACGAGGCUUACACCGACAUCAGCAGCCGAAUGCUCUGUGCCGGAUACGCUGAGGGGGAGAAGGACUCCUGCCAGGGAGACUCUGGAGGACCACUGGUGUGCGAGGAGACCAGCGGGAGAUGGUUCCUGGCUGGAAUCGUCAGCUUUGGCUACGGCUGUGGCCGACCAGAUUACUAUGGUGUCUACACACGGGUGACCAGGGUUGUCCGCUGGAUUCACACCAUCGCCUGGUAACUGAAGAGAUUCCUUCAUGCACCUUCGGCUCAGCAAGGCUAACCACCAGGGCUGACAUCACACGGGACCACUUUGAAGGCACCACAAGGCUGGGCACCUUUUGAUGAUGUCAGCAUAAGAAUGUCAAUGCUCAACACCUGUUGAUGAUGUCAGUAUGGGAACAUUAACAUCUUUGAUGAUGUCAGCAUUGGAAGGUCACCACUCAGCACCUUUCGAUGAUGUCAGCAUUGGAAGGUCAACGCUCAGCACCUUUUGAUGAUGUCAGCAUUGGAUGGUCAACGCUCAACACCUUUUGCUGAUGUCAGCACUGGAUGCUCAACACCUUCUGAUGAUGUCAACAGAAGGUCAACGUCUUUUGUUGAUGUCAGCACGGGAUGGUCAAUGGUCAACGCUCAACACUUUUGCUGAUGUCAGCACUUGACGCUCAACAGCUUGUGAUGAUGUCAGCAGAAGGUCAACAUCUUUUUGCUGAUGUCAGCGCUGGACGCUCAACACCUUCUGAUGAUGUCAGCAGAAGGUCAACACCUUUUGCUGAUGUCAGCAGGGGAUGGUCAUCGCGCCCUUUGUAAAUAAGCUAUGAAGCCAAUGAGUCCACAU